AUGACCUCUGAUGCCUGCACUGAAAACCACAUCUUGGUGCCUUUUUCUCACAAGGGGCAAUAUGGAAUUACCAACAUUGGCAAGCAGUCUUUGACCCUGCUGGAGGUUUCAGCUUACAUUGAGAGAGUCUUCGACAACUGUAUGAGUCUUCUUAGUUUAAUUUGGGAACUGAUUGACAGCCAUAUAAAAUACGUAAAUGUACUUUUAAAACUGGAGCAAUUUAACCAGUCCAAUCUUUCUCUAUCUACAGAUGAGGCUAAUCUCAAGGGUCUGGCCAUGGAGGCUGCUAAGGAUAGGAGCGUUGUUCAGGACAAGGAUGCAGGACUGGCUGUCCUGAGAGAACUGGCCACUUUGUCUCAGUCCAACAACGGAGAGAAUAGAGCCCACCUCUUCCAGAAGCUUGUGAGCAUGGUCCGUGGAAUGAAGCAAGAGACUCUGAGCCCUGCUGUUCCAGAAGCCCUAGAAAUUUCCGGUCCCCUGACAUACCAGGUUCUGGCCCAGUGCGGCACACCAGAAUGUAGCAGUGCCCUCAUGCAGAUCCUCAGGACCUUUGACACCUCAGCUGUUGAGGUUGAUGCUGCUGUGUUCACCAUGGGCCUGCUGCCUAACCCCUCAGCCCUACUGAUCAAUGACGUGCUGGCUAUGGCUCAAUACAAGCAGAGCAAGCCCAUCAUGUAUGCAUUGAGCAAUGCUGUCAAGAGGUGAGAGAAUGCUUACUUAGCUUGUGACUCAAUGUAGAAUGAUAACAUUUGGUCUUGAUUGCCCUUUUUAAAUGUAACAUAUUUUCUCUAUUAUCCAUACAAGGUUCUACAAGGCUGAAGGAAAGUUGACCCCUGAGAUCCAUGCUGUUGCUGAGUUUAUGGCUGCCCAUUUGGGGGACUGCUCUGGUGACCAGGAACAUAUUUUCAUGACCCUUAGGCUGAGAAGUCCAUAAAACAAAAUACAUGACGUUUUUAUUCCUCCUUAGCAUAGCAGCGUCCAUCAUUGCAGACGCUUGGCGUAGCGGCGUCCAUCAUUGCAGACGCUUGGCGUAACGGCGUCCAUUCCUUGCAGACGCUUGGCGUAGCGGCGUCCGUGAUUGUCAGGCGUAGCGACGGUUGUAUGUUGUUCUGGUGUGCGAGGGCACUUGUCACCCCCCAUACAUUACAAACCUGAGGAGUGAGUUUCACCAGUUCAGACCGGCUACAUUCACCCCUCAAACUCACUCCGGCCGGUUGGCUGAUGCUAACCUAGCGAUCCGGGUCACGGCACCAAUGUAACGGGUAUGUAACGGACGUGGUCUUGCAAGAAAACUCCGUCAGCGGUAUCUGUCCGCACCGACCAGGAGUCAAACUCACCACCUCUGACUUGCCAAGCGCGACCACUACCAGCUACGCCAAAGAAAAGCUCGCUAUUCAUUGACGCGGGUGGCCCACUACAUGCCUGAUGAGUGAGUUUCACCAGUUCACACCGGCUACAUUUGCAUAUUCACACAUGAGCGGAACUAAUAUAUGACUUUGGUAGUUCGCAACUAUUUUGCAAAUGCAAGGCUAAUCUAUUUAUGAAUAAAAUAAGGUAGGCCUAAUAAAAGGAGAUGAUGGCAUGGGCGGGGGCUGUUAUGAUCAUUGGAUUCACAUAGCAUAACCGAUUGUUCCUGAAGGCUUAUCAUUUAUAAUAAUUAGAAACAUGGACAGAGUACAGGGCUCUGUGACUUGAUUCGGCCAGGCACACUUUUUUGUCUCCACUUGCACACGACUUCCUCCUUCUCAAUCAGUCCCUCUUUUUUAAUUCCUGCCUAACAUUAUAGCAGCUCACUCAAUUACAUAUUUUACAAUAGCAUUUCUGAAAUAUCGAGAGGUGUAAAUGAGCUUACAUCUGGCU